AGAUAAACCCAAAUAUCCCCCAUCCUGUCCGUUGUUUAGAAAACCCCAAAACCCUUUUCACCCAAAAACCCCAGACCCCGUGAAACGCUCUCGCCCCCCCUUCCUCGGCCCGUUGUUGCCUCGGGUCAGGCCGCCUCCUUCGUCGUCCUGAAGCUCGCCGGAGCUAUACCGGUAGCUCACGUUUCUCUCUCCUCGUUUGUCUGGUUGUUGGUCUUAUUCUUCGUCCUCUGGUUCGUGGUUCGUUCUGGCUGUUGCAUCGAGAACCGGUGAACGUCGCACCGCCUUCGGCCACCGCUCGCUGCUGCUCUCGUCUCGCCGGAUUACGUUGCCCCUAUCUUUCUCUCUUCGUUUGUUGUUUACGCGAGUGUUGUUGUGCAGCACUGCUCUUCGUGCGCCAAUGCCAUCGUGGUUGUGGUUGUUGGUGGUUCUGCUGCUGGUUGUUGUGUUCAGCCGCUGCUGCCGCUGUUAUUGUGGUUGACGGUGCUCUCCGCUGUGCACUGAAGCUUCGAAACCAUCCCUCAACCCCUCUGUCCCUUGUUCUUCGCUGCUCCUAGUAGAGCCAAGUACAUGGAAAACGCACGGUGAACAUUCCUCUGGCGACAGCUCAAAAGCCAUUGCACAUUCUAUUGGAAGAGAAGUUCAUCUCAUUACUGCAAACAUGUAAGAAAAUAAAAAACGUGUACCAAAUACAAGCUCAAGUCAUUAUUCACGGGCUUCAGCAUAGCUACUAUGUAGUCCCAAGACUCAUUGCCCAGUCUGCAGAAUUGAGGCAUGUUAGAUAUGCUCGCUGCUUGUUUGAUCAAAUGCUUGAUCCAGAUGUUGUAAUAUACAAUGUGAUGUUCAAGGGAUAUAGCCAAAAUGGAGAGCACAAAGAAGUUAUUUCUUUGUUCGGGAAAAUGAUGGAAUUCCAUAUAAAGCCAAGCUGUUGUACAUUUCCUAUGAUUUUGAAAUCUUGUGGGAAGUUGGUGGCACUGUGUGAAGGUGAGCAAGCUCAUUCUCUUGCGAUUAAGAAUGGUUUUAAAACAAACACGUUUGUGGGUAAUACAUUAAUUGAUAUGUACUCACGUGCUGGUAAAGUUGAAUUAGCGUAUAAGGUGUUUGGUGAGAUACCUUUUCGAAAUAUUGUUACUUGGACUUUAAUGAUUAAUGGGUUUAUUCUCUAUGGCAACUUGAAAUCAGCAAGGGAACUUUUUGACUUGACUUCAGAGAGAGAUGUUGUCUUAUGGAACACUAUGAUCUCGGGAUACAUUGAGAUUGGAGAUAUGGAAACUGCACACAAGCUCUUUGACAAUAUGCCACACAAGGAUACAAUGUCUUGGAAUACAAUAUUGAACGGGUAUGCAAAUAAUGGGAAGAUCAAGGCUUGCGAAGAAUUGUUUGAAGUAAUGCCAAAGAGAAAUAUUUUUUCUUGGAAUAUACUCAUUUGUGCAUAUGCAAAACUUGGUCGUUUCUUUGAAGUUUUGACCACUUUCCAGAGGAUGCUGUCUGAGGCUGAGGUGCUUCCAGAUAAUGCUACCUUGGUUACUGUGUCGUUAGCAUGUGCAAGGCUGGGAGCACUUGAUUUAGGAAUGUGGUUGCAUAUAUACGCCCAGCGUAUUGGAUACGAAGGAAAUAUACAGGUUGAAAAUGCUCUGAUGGACAUGUAUGCAAAAUGUGGACACAUUGAAAAUGCUAUGUAUGUGUUUAAGGGCUUAGUCAAGAGAGAUUUGGUAUCUUGGAACACCAUUAUUGGUGGCUUAGCGAUGCAUGGUCAUGCCUCUGAAGCCUUAGUGCUGUUUGAUCAGAUGAAAAACGGCAGGGUACAACCUGACGGAGUCAGUUUUCUGGGUGUUCUUUGUGCCUGCACUCAUAUUGGUCUAGUUGAGGAGGGGCUGACUUAUUUUCAGAGCAUGGCUGAUUAUUCCGUCAACCCUCAAAUUGAACACUAUGGUUGUCUGAUUGAUUUAUAUGCUCGAUCAGGUCAUCUCACCGAAGCUCUUAAUAUCGUCAAAAUGAUGCCCAUGGAGGCAGAUACGGUCAUAUGGGCCUGUUUACUCGGGGCAUCUCGGAUUUACAAAAAUGCGGCGAUAGCUGAGAUCGCUCUUGAACAACUAAUGAAGCUUGAACCAGGUAAUCCAGCAUACUACCUUAUAUUGUCAAACAUGCAUGGAGAGGCUGGGGAAUGGAAAACUGUGCCUAAGCUAAAACUUGCCAUGAGGGAUACUAGAUUUAGGAAGAUGCCUGGCUGUAGCAUGAUAGAGAUUCAUGACAAAGUGGUUGAAUUCUAUUCAAUGGAUCAAAGGCAUUGUGAGACAGAGGAAAUAUAUGUAUGCUUGAGAAGUUUAUCCAAGCUAAUGCAUUCUUUAGAGUUUCGACCUGAGGAUAUGGAGCUUGAGUAGGAAGGCUUAAUGUAACAGGGUCUGCCACAACUUUAACAGAUUUUCUUGUUUAUUGUGCUUUUUAUUCUUCGUCUACUUGUUUUCGUGCUAUGUACUUGCUCAAAUGUUCUUUCCUUUUACAUUUUCUUUUUUGAUAAUGCUAGAAAAUUUUGGCCGAAUUAGUUAAUGUAUACUAGAAAGAAAAUUACACUUUACCCUGGUAUCCUAUAUUCAAGACCGCACAUUAUUGA